AUGCCCAUCGCUAUCGACCAGGCCUUCCCUCCUGCUCCCAGCUUUACGGAAAACAACAUUCCAGACCUCACUGGCAAGGUCGCUAUUGUUACAGGAUCAUCCUCGGGUGUCGGCUACCAGUCUGCCGCCAUCUUAUAUUCGAAGAAUGCCACCGUCUACCUCGCGGCGCGCUCCUCGGAAAAAGCUGCCAAGGCCAUCACGGCGAUCAAGGACUCUGCAGAAUGCGCAGGGAGUCGAGGCACCCUGAGAUUCCUGUCACUUGACCUCUCUGAUUUAUGCAGCAUAAAGGCUAGCGCACAAGAGGUCUUGCGACGAGAGACUCGACUGGAUAUCUUGAUCCACAAUGCCGGUGUUAUGAGGCCACCAGCUGGCAGUACAACCAUUCUGGGACAUGAUCUUGAGAUGGGAACCAAUUGUCUCGGCCCAUUCACCUUCAACGACCUCCUUCUCCCACUCUUAAAACAAACCGCGGCAAAUGCCCCAAAAGAUAGCGUGCGAGUUGUAUGGCUGUCCUCUAUUAUUGCUCACAGUGUUGUACGCGGCGGAUUUGUGUUUGACGAUCGAACCGGAGCACCUGCGGUGCUCAAGGACCCCAUGGAAAAUUACAUGCAGAGCAAAGUUGGAAACGUCUUCUUUGCCAGCGAGAUGGCCAGACGUAUGGGCAAAGAUGGGAUUCUGAGUCUGAGCGUUAACCCGGGUCUUAUGAAGACUGAGCUACAACGACAUGGUGCUCCCAUUAUUAGUACUAUUAUGGGCCUCGCCUUUAAGCCUCCUCGCUAUGGUGCAUACUCUGAGCUUUUCGCUGCCCUCUCCCCUCAGAUAACAGCCAACCAUAAUGGAGCAUUCAUCAUUCCUUGGGGUCGAUUUGGACUGAUCCCUCCCCAAAUCAAAAAGGCAUUGUCGCCCACGACCGAGGGUGGGACUGGUGUAGCAGAGAGAUUCUGGGAUUGGUGCGAGAAGGAAACGGCUGCGUAUCGGUGA